AUGCUCGAAGCGAAACUGAACGAAGCCGCGAUCUUAAAACGUCUCCUGGAUGCCGUGAAAGAACUCGUCACGGACGCCAACUUCGAGUGCAACGAGGAGGGCAUCAAUCUGCAAGCGAUGGACAACUCGCACGUCGCCCUCGUCGCGGUCAAGCUCGAGUCGACGGGGUUCAAGCGCUACCGCUGCGACCGCCCGAUGCCGCUCGGUGUCAACAUCAACUCGCUGACGAAAGUCCUCAAGUGCGCGAAGGACGACGACAUCUGCACGCUGAAGGCUGCGGACGACGGGGACAUCCUCAACCUGACGUACGAGGCGCGGAAUUCGGACCGCAUCGCGGAGUACGACAUGAAGCUGAUGGACAUCGACUCGGACCAGCUCGGGAUCCCGGACACGGAGUACGACGCGCGCGUGACGAUGCCCGCGAGCGAGUUCUCGCGCAUCGUGCGCGACCUCUCGCAGCUCGGCGAGAGCGUGCGCAUCGAGGUGUCGAAGGAGGGCGUGCGCUUCGCGAGCGACGGCGAGGCGGCGAACGGGAGCGUGCUCCUCAAGCAGAGCGAGGGCAUCGGCGCGACGGCGAGCGGGAAGAUCAAGGCGCCCGCGAAGGAGGAGAGCGAUGGCGAGGAGCCCGGCCCCGAGGACGAGGAGGACGAUGAGGAGGGAGGAAGUAAGAAGAAGGUGAAGAAGGAGAAAGUGAAGAAGGAGGAUGGGGAUGCCGGGGAUGAGGAGGACGUGGAGAUGAAUGGGGACGCAGAGGAGGACGAGGAGUUCAAGGGGCGCAGCGAUAACGAGGAUGAGGAGGACGAAGAGGAGCAGGAGAACAAGAAGCGGAAGAAGAAGGCUUCCACCUCAAAGAACGGGAAGCCAUCGAAGAAGGCAAAGCGCUCCCUGGACGACGAUCCACCCAAUGCCGUCCGCAUCGAGAUGAAUCAACAUGUGACGCUCACCUUCAGUCUUAAAUACCUCGUGAACUUCUCAAAAAGCGCGACGCUGGCCGACAAGGUGCAGCUAAUGAUGAGCAACGACGUUCCUUUACUAGUGUCCUAUGAAUUCGGCCAGGGGUACAUACGCUACUACCUCGCACCCAAGAUUGGCGAUGAUUGA